AUGCACCCAAACCCCGCGACAAAGAACGGAGAGCAGGUGCGGACAGCAGGUGCGGACAGCCUUUCUUGGACGGAAUUUCCAAACCACAACAUUAGGAACUCCAAUUGCGCGUAUGCUGACUUUACAUCCCAUUUUACAAAUGAUCAUUCACGUGGAUUUGCGAUAAUCAAAGCCGCAUUGGCAGUAGUCUAUGUAAACAGGAUACUUGCUAUUCAGUCUCCCCUCUCGGACAUAAGUCAAAGCUGGAGCCGCGAUGACAGCGACGGCGACGUUGGGUCCGGGAGAGGAGAAAUCCAUCCCAGUUCGCCAUGGUCACUCCUGAGGGGAAGCUGGAGGUCUUCAUGUCGGAGGCAGGAGUUUGACCGCAGGGACCGGCCCGUCAUCCAGGCGGCGCUGCGCACGGAGGCGCACCAAAGGACGCGCCAGCGAGGCCUGGUGCAUGUGGAUGCGGCGGCGGGAGAUUAUAGCUCGGAAGAUAGUCGACGAGGAGGAGAAGCGGCGCGAGGCCAGUGGCUACUUUGA